GUGUAAUUGGGCAAUACAGGCUCGCAGAAGGGCCCAAUAUUGUGUUGUAUUUCUAAGUAACCAGCUAACCAAAUAAAUAAUUGAAGUGUUUGAUCAUUUGUAAGGAGCAGAGGAAAAUGAGUCAGAGGGCAAGUGUACUGUGCGGCUUUUUCCCUGAGAACCGUCUGCACAGUUGGACAGUGUACAGUACUGUGGAUCAUGAAGAGUGAAAAAGGGAUGUGAAAGGGCAUUGAGUACGAGAGUUGGGAUGCUAUAUUGGAGUUGUGAAAGACAUCGACCUCUGAUUGACCUUUGGGCUUCGAUCUUCGGCAUUGACUCAGGACUCGCUGAUGGUGAUGAAUGAGGGUCUGAACUUCAAGCCUCGAACACUGGCUUCACCAAUGAACAUCCUUGCUGGUCUGCCAGCUGAUAGCCAAACAUGACCUCGCUGCUGGUCCUUGAAUGGAGAAUGGAAACAGACUCUGGACUGUCCUCAAAUUGCCCACAUGUCCCUGUCCCUAAACCUAACCUGACCCCUAACUCCCCCCAUGUCUCCAAAACGAUCCCUAUGAACCUAAAAAAAACUAAACCAAAUAAUUAAGACUGAGCCAUGACCUCAAUGGAAACUGUAAUUCAGCACCACCUUGAGAAUUCAGUGAUGCACGGUUUAAAAGGUGGCCAUUAAUGGCCUCUAGGACAAAUUAGAAUCAGACAUAUGUCUGCCUUUCCAGAGUCAGACAUGAGCUGGACCAGUUUUCACCAUAUGUUAAUGUGAAGAGUGAACAGUAAAUGGUUAAUCUUACUGCGAUCUGGUUCGUAUUGACUGUGGUUUAUCUCGACGUUUAAUUCGGCGUUUCGUUACACGCAAAGGAGAACGUUACAGUGAAAAAGCGGCAUUAUCAGGUGUUUCAAGUGCUGCAAUGUCAGCUCGAUCCAGCAUCAAGUCGAUGCCGCCCAGCGACAAGGGCAGUAAACCGACAUCAAGUAAGUCCACCCAGGCAAGAGCCAAGGCAGAAGCCGCCAAGGUGCGACUGCAUUACGCUAGACAAGAAGCAGUUUUGAAAAUGAAACAGGCCACCAGAGAAGCCGAAAUCCAGAAAGAAAAGGCUGCCAGAGAAGCCGAAAUCCAGAAAGAAAGGGCCACCAGAGAAGCCGAAACCCAGUUGGAAAUGACAAAAAUAUCGACAGAGUUGCAAGUGCUGCAGCUAGAAAGAGAAGAAGAAGCUGCCAAGGCGGAAGCAAAGUACAUAGAAGAAGCUGAAGGGUCACGUGAUCUGACCGCAGUAAGAUCUACUUUAGAAAGGACCAGACUGGAACGCACAAGCGACUAUGUACAAUAUCAAAUAGACAGGCAGGCUCGUCUCCCCUCUCCAUACGUAUUCGAUAACUUCCCCAGCUACGAGGAACCUCAGAGAGUCACGAUUGCAUCACAUCCAUACGAGGAAGGAAAUUUACCCUCACGGCUCUGUGAUGAAGUCGAGAAUGAAAGAACCGACAACGCUCCUUCACCCCCACAACAGGACGGCGGGGAGGGAGAGGUUCACUCCAGGACAACAAUUGUCAGCUCGAACUGUACAGAAGUUUGCGGUCAAACUCAGUCAAGCCGUUCUUGUUCUAAGAUCUGCCUCACUGAGGUGUACCCUAAAGAAGCACAACAAGACAUUACCAAGCGUAAAGUAACCGACGAGACGCUAGGUCAGUCAGUUUUCGUUCAAACCGAGCACGGAAACAAACUUGCACAAUCAGCUCAAGAUACCAUUUCUUUAAAAACCAAAGACACCAAGGUCUUCAGAGAUGAAGCAAAUAAUGGGGUUGCCCCAUUGCCUAUCAGAGAACCACGCCAGCGCUCACCAGAUAACAAAGAGCAGGCAGUCAAACGGUUCACGUCCUUACGGAAAACCCGGAAAAGGAAACCUGAGAUGCAGCAACGCACCCGAUUGACCCACGAGGUACUGUGCACCCUAAUGGCAGAGGUCACAGCCAUUAUAAACGCACAAUCAUUCCUACCUGUGUCUUCUGACCCAGAAAACCCCUUCAUACCUUCGCCAUCAAUGCUCCUUACACAGAAGGCAGGAGCACCUCCUCCACCAGGAGACUUCUCAGACAAGGAUUUGUACACAAAGCAAUGGAGACAAGUCCAGGCUCUGGCAAAUCAGUUCUGGCCUCGCUGGAGACAAAAAUAUCUACCUUUGUUGCAACAGAGACAAAAGUGGACAGAACCCCACAGGAAUCUUCAAGUUGGAGACUUAGUCCUGCUCAGGGACAAGCAAAUCGCCCGAAACAGCUGGCCAACGGCCAGAAUCACUGCUACAUUCCCUAGUGGGGAUGGACAUGUCAGGAAGAUCGAAUUGAAGACUACCGACCAAGGCGAUGUGAAAAUUUACCAAAGGCCAGUUACAGAAGUUAUUCUACUUCUACCCAAUGACUGAUUAAGAGACUAAGUUUGUACUCUGCUCAUUGUGACCUUACGAAGGUCAAGCGGGGAGUGUGCUGUCUUUACGACAGUUAUUUAGUUUAUAAUAUUUUUGCUUAGUAAUUCAUUCGAUAGUAUUUUCUAGUUAGAAUUAGAAGUGUUUAAAGUAUAUUCAUUGCAUGUAAAAUAUAUCGGCAUGCGAUGACGUCACAUCCGGUUUCGCCGCGUCUUGUGGGAAAAUACCGGUUUGGAAUUAACGUGAGGGUGGAGGCUUACCACGAGGCACACCUGAGCAGAAGUUGUUUUGCAGGCAUGAGAAAUCACAGUGAGAGCAACGCUGUAAGUUAAUAGAUAAUCGAUAUAUUGAACUAAGAUGUUAAUGCCGAUCCUGUUAGAAGUAACGACGAUAGAUAAUGUUUAUGCUUUCGUUAGUUAAAGAGUUGUGGAUAGUUUGCAUGGAAGUGUAUUUAAAGUAGUCAAUGGAGCAGGUAAACUCUCCCUGUAUACUGCACCUUAGUGUAAUGUGGUUAUAGUCACCUUUACAAGUAUUUACAAUUGAAAUGUGAUAUUAAGGAAGGAACAAAUACUGUAUCAAUCUUGUAUUGUUUUAUCAACAGUUUUCACCAUAUGUUAAUGUGAAGAGUGAACAGUAAAUGGUUAAUCUUACUGCGA